UCCGUGGAGACAGCGGGGCCUACGGGGCCAUGGAGCCGCGACUGGUGGGCCCCGGUCCCUACCGGGCAACCCGGCUAUGGAAUGAGACCAUUGAACUCUUUCGUGAAGGGAUGCCAUUACGGAGGCAUCGUAGUCUUUUCAAAAACUAUGAGUGUUGCUUCAAAGCCUCAGAGGCAGUAGACUGGUUACAUGAACUGCUCAGAUGUAACCAAAACUUUGGCCCAGAAGUGACACGUAAUCAAACAAUUCAGCUGCUUAAAAAAUUUCUGAAAAAUCAUGUUAUUGAAGAUAUCAAAGGAAGAUGGGGCAAGGAAGACUUUGAGGACGACAGUCAUUUAUAUAGGUUUCCUCCUUCUUCACCACUGAAACCAUAUCCAACAAGGCCUCCAUAUAGAAAAGAAGUAAUUAAAAUUCCAGACUGGAAUGUUCCUGAAGCAGGCACUUCCCAGGAACACAUCCCAGUGAAGCCUGUCAUGAUGAAUUCUGAAAUUUGGUUCAAACGUCACAGUAUAGCAAUAGGAGAAGUACCAGCUUGCAGACUUGUGCACCGCCAAGAGUUAACACAGGCAAAUAUAGAAGAGAUAUGGAAAUCCAUGACGCUAUCACAUUUGCAAAAAGUUUUGGGCCUGAAUUCUGUGGAGGAAGUAUUGGAUACAAAGCUUGUGAACCCAAAGCAUAUCGUCCACAAUGUGUACAAUGUCAAUAAACAGGGCAUCGUCAUUCUGGAAGACAAAACAAAAGAGCUACCUCAUUGGGUACUGUCAGCAAUGAAGUGUCUAGCAAAUUGGCCCAGUUGUUCAGAUUUGAAGCAACCUACAUACAUAGGAUUUGAAAGAGAUGUCUUCAAAACAAUAGCAGACUACUAUGGCCAGAUGAAGGAACCUCUACUCACAUUUCAUCUUUUUGAUGUUUUCGUCAGUGUGUUAGGUCUGCUGCAGAAAAACAAAAAGGCCAUGAAGCACUUCGGGUUCUGUCUAUUGCUGCCUCCAGAAAAUCGGAAAAAGCUGCAACUGCUGAAGAUGAUGGCAAGGAUCAGCCUCAACAAAGAUCUGCCAUCUCUUUAAGAUGGUUUUGGCCAUGAAGCUUUACUGCAGCAGACGUUUUCUCAUUGCAUCCUCUGCUCUAGAGAUGAAGUGGAUUUGGAUGAACUGCUUGCUGCUAAACUAGUAACGUUCCUGAUGGACAAUUGCCAAGAGAUCUUGAAUGUUCCCUCCUCCUUACAGACCCUCAUAGAGGAGCAUGUAGUACAUCUCCGAAGAGUCCAGUUUCAGAAAUCCUACCCUGAAGUGUAUAAAGAACGAUUUCCUACUCCUGAAAGUGAGGCAGUGCUGUUUCCGGAAAAAAAUAAACAGAAACCACAACUGCUGAUGUGGGCAUUGAAAAAGCCUUUUCAACCAUUUCAAAGAACCAGAAGUUUUCGAAUGUAACAUUUCCAGAGCCACUAGUGAACUGUAUCUCAGUAUAUAAUGAUAGGGUAGAUCUUAUGCAAAUGGAACCUAAACAGCAUGUAACACUGGAAAAACUUUAACUACUGAGACAGUGGGAAAAGGUUGUAAUGGCAAAACACUUUGAAGGGGAUGUUAUAUUGAACCAUUAUCAGUAUUUUUGUCACUGGCUAUUUUUAAUGAUUUUAUUUUUAAGUACAGGAUGGGUAAUCAUUAUGAAUGAUAUGGAAAAAAUUCUUUGCUUUUAUACUUCUAGUUGUCAUUUCAAGUCUUAGAUGUAUUUUUAUGUGUAUAUUUCACUGUCUUGUUUGUCACUGGUCAACAGCAUUUUUUCUGAAAAGGAGACUCUAUUAUCUUUGUUAAUAGCUGGCAUGCCGGAGGGAUUAAAACAUUGUACAUACUUGAAUGAACUUGGAACACUGGAUCUUGUACUGAAUUGCUGACCUCUGUCUCAGGUAUUAGCCUUGAUAUAUUUAUAAUGCUGAUUUCAAGAGUGCCCUUUGUUUCCUCAUUCAUAUGCUGCAUUGGGGCCUGAUCCAGCUCCUAUUGAAGUUCCAUUGACUUCAUUGAUGCGUUGCCAGACCUUUGAAAACUUACAUCUUGCUAAAUAUUGCUGUACAAAAUUAGUCACUAACAGGAUGGAAGUUACACAUUUUUAUAUGAAAAUCAAAUGCCUUAUUUUCUGUGAAAAGGGAGGUAUUUACGGCCAGGUCAAAAAUUAAAUAAGAACUAUAGAUUUUUAUUUUUAAUGAGGAUGCAUUUGUUCUCCAUAAUGAAUUCUUCUGUUCUACUGUGUACAUUUUGGUUGUACUUGAACUGCAGCACUUCUAACUUUUUCAGUUAUUAAAACACAACUUUUUAAGGUAAUUCUCUGGAGGCAGUGGGUUUCAUCAUAACCUUCAUAUCUGUAAUGAGCCACAGUUCUGAAACAUUUCAGAGUGAAAGAGUCUGAGUCUCCACAGUGGACUCUAUUGCAAGUUUGAGGGUGGUUUAAAAACCUUGAUCAAUUUCCCACUUUGAAGUUACAAGGAAUAUAAAGUGGUUUGUUGUAAUCUAGCCUUCACAACACUCUCGUUUGCUUUGCAAAUGCACUAAUUAAUCAAAUUCUU